AUUAAAUAGCUUUACCAUUCAAGUUCCAACAUAUAAAAGAAAAAACUCUCUCAAAGCCUUACAAAGUCUCUAGUCAAAAGGGUCUAUAAAGUCUCCAACAUCAGCAAAAAAGGAAUUUAUCAGUAAUCUCUUGCAAGAGCCUAGAGUCAUGGCUUUGGUAGAAAGAGCUAUGUUUUUGUCUAUAGUGAUGAUGAUGGUAGCUAUGCAGAUUUCAUAUGCAGCUGUUUACAAAGUUGGUGACUCUGCUGGUUGGACUACACUUGGUAACAUUGACUACAAAAAAUGGUCUGCUACUAAGAACUUCCAAAUUGGUGACACUAUUAUAUUUGAAUAUAGUGCACAAUUCCACAAUGUGAUGCGAGUGACACAUGCUAUGUACAAAUCAUGCAAUGGAUCAUCACCUAUUGCAACAUUCACCACUGGAAAUGAUACCAUAAAGAUAACAAAUCAUGGUCAUCACUUCUUCUUCUGUGGUGUUCCCGGACACUGUCAAGCAGGACAGAAGGUUGAUAUUAAUGUGCUCAGGGUUUCUCAAGUAGAUGCUUCUUCACCUGCACCAUCAUCUUCAGCAUUGGUCUCUCCUGCUACAGUUUCAGCUUCCAAUGUACCUGCACCUUCUCCUAGCAAUGCUGCUGCAACUUUGAAAUUUAUUACUUUAAAGAUGAUUAUGGGAUUUUUAGCCAUGCAAUUCCUUGCUCACAAUUUCUAGCUAUGCUUAAUAGGGAAGUGUUUUAAUUUCUAGCAAUGGCUUUUUGGUUUUUCCUUCUUGUACAAGAAUUUCUCUAAUUCCUUUGUCUGGAUAGAGUGACAAGAAAAAAAAUGUACUAUUAGAUGUAUCAUGUAUUAUUACAAUAUAUGUUUUCCAUUGCAAGAGUUAUGGUGUAUUGAAUUGGAAUCUAAAUACAUAGAUAUAUAAUCUAAUAAAUAAAAAUGAGUGUUGAAAUUA